ACAGCUUCAUUGAAAAAUCGGGCCCAUCGCCCUCCCCCCGAGCGCAGAGAAACUCCCUUUUAGGCCACUUGACCUGGUUGAUAUGGAGAAACGUCAGUUCCGCCGUACACAGACAGGGAUUUGCUGUCAGCGGGGUGGAAAGCGAAGCUGGAAAUGACCUAAGAGGCCUUACAAAUACAUUAGUGCUUUCUUGCUUCAGACUACAAUUACGGAGAAACUCAAUCUGGAAGCAGCACUUGUUUCCGUUGUAACAUUAAUAACUACCUCAGAAAGAAGAAGGGAAAAAAGUGGAAGGCCUGUGAAAACAAAGUCCCACCAGUUUUUAAUAACUUGGAGCGUUCUUUCAGAGCUGAGAUGAAGUUCUAGAGAGCUUUCACUGUACUAUAAAGAAGCUUUAACAGACUGGCUCUGUUAAAAUCCUUCAGCAACAAAUCUCUCCAAAAUUCCUAACAUACAAAGAGGGCUUGGUGACUUUUUCAAAAGGAGAGCCUCUGUACCAGAAUAUUCUUUUUGUUAUUUCUUUAUUCAGUCUUUAUUUUUUAUUUUUUAAUUUCAUAUUGUCGCUGUUGAUCAGUGUAGUUCUGGAAUUGAUUUUGCCUUCAGUUUUUAGAUACUUCUACUUUUUAGAAUCAUUUGAAAUUUAAAAAGAGUGAUAAAAUAUCAGGAAUAAAAGUCAACUUAUUUUGUAAAGGCAUUGGAAUUGUCCAUAAGCAGUUAUGAAUGGAAUAAAUGAGUAUAACUAGCAAAGAAAAAAAUUUAUAAAGCACACAGAAAAUAAGGAAUUCUUCUUUGUGAAUGCUGGUUAUCAAGCAGUAAUUAUAUUUCACAACCGAAUUAAUCUGCUUGAAGUAAAUUUCUUUAUAUAAUUAUAACUAAAACAGGAAAGUACUUUUUUGAGUUAGUUAUUCUUCUUACUUAAAUUAUUAGAUUGUGAGCUUUGCAGCAGGGCUGCACAGAAACUAGAAAUAACACUACGUCAGCAAAUCUGUUGCUGAUACACAGUGCAGAGACUGCUGCCACUGGAAAUGCCUCUGAGGGACUUUUCACACAUAGUCUUCAGUUAUCUUUUCACUUAACGGAGUGUUUGAAAAAGAGCUCAACGCAAGACUGCUAUCUUCAAAUUGGGAGCACAGGAGACAUCUGAACACUUAUGUAUUGUUGUAGCGCACAAGAAAGUAAAAUGGACUACAAGCGGCGCUUUUUGCUUGGCGGGUCCAAGCAAAAAGUGCAGCAGCACCAGCAGUAUCAGAUGCCAGAGUUGGGCAGAACCCUAAACGCACCCUUAACAUCCACCGCCACAACCUCUCCAGCAUCAUCCAUGGCUCCUACAGCUACUAGUGGUAGUUGCAGCAAUCAGCAAGUCCCUCACACCACCCCAAUUGCAGACAUCCAGCAGGGAAUAUCUAAGUAUCUGGAUGCACUCAAUGUGUUUUGCCGUGCUAGCACUUUUCUUACAGACCUCUUCAGUGGGGUUUUCAAGAACUCGCACUAUUCCAAAGCAGCUAUGCAACUGAAAGACGUGCAGGAACAUGUCAUGGAGGCAGCAAGUCGACUCACGGCAGCAAUAAAGCCAGAAAUAGCCAAGAUGCUAAUGGAGCUGAGUGCUGGAGCUGCCAAUUUCAAGGAUCAAAAUGAAUUUAGUCUGCAAGACAUAGAGGUGCUAGGCCGGUGUUUUUUGACAGUGAUGCAGGUACAUUUCCAGUUCCUGUCCCAGGCUCUACAGAAAGUCCAACCUGUGGCACAGUCGUGCUUCUCUGAGGUCUUGGCCCAGGCUCAGGAGAGAAAAAACACUGUGAGAGCAGACAACUCCAACACAAAUUCCUUGCCUGAGCUGGAGGAGGCUUUAAGGUCAUGGAAAGGUGCUACAGAGGCCACUUCCCGACUUCGUGAGAGAGGACGUGAUGGCUGCCUUUCUGGCAUUGAAGUGCAGCAGCUUUUUUGUUCUCAGAAUACAACUAUUCCUGACCACCAGCUGAAGGAACUAAAUGUGAAGAUUGACAAUGCUCUCCAGGCAUACAGAGCCGCCUUAGAAAGUUUGGGACACAGUGAAUACGCAUUGAAGGCCGGUUUCCACUUGAAUCCCAAAGCUGUUGAAGCCACUUUGCAGGGUUGCUGCAGUGAGGCAGAAGCUCAGCAGGCUGGGCGAAUGCAAACUAUUUCUCAACCCAUUCAUUGUGAACUGCCUACAGUCCCUGUACAGAUUGGGUGCCACUUUCUCAAAGGGGUCUCAUUUAAUGAAUCUGCAGCAGAAAACCUCAAACUGAAAACGCAAACAAUGCUGCAACUUAUUAAAGAAGCUGCUGGUCAGAAUGGAAUAAUGUCUACAGAUGACUACCCUGUGACUGAAGUUCUAAAUCAAGUCUGUCCAUCUACCUGGCGUGGGGCUUGCAAAACUGCUGUGCAGUUGCUGUUUGGUCAGGCUGGCUUGGUUGUAGUGGAUACAGCUCAAAUUGAAAACAAAGAAGCAUAUGCUCCUCAGAUUAGCCUGGAAGGUUCCAAAAUUGUGGUUCAAGUUCCAUCAACAUGGUGUCUCAAAGAGGACCCUGCCACAAUGUCACUGCUACAGCGAAGUCUUGAUCCAGAGAAGACGCUAGGGCUAGUUGAUGUGCUCUACACUGCAGUGUUCGAUAUAAACAGAUGGAAAGAAAGGAGAGAGCAAGCUCUGCCUAUUAUUCAAAUCCAGCUUCAGCGAGAAAGCUCUGAAUAUGGAAGUCAGGUGGAUAUGCCUUCUGGCAAUGGAGUGAAAACUUCAAGCGGACUUCCAAAAACCAUCUCCAAGCUUACCUCAAAGUUUACCAAGAAAAAUUCGUGCAGCAGCUCAUCUAGCAGUGGGGGCUUUUCAGUUCCAAAUACCCCAUCGAGAAAUAUGUUCACUGGUUGCUCAGAUGACAAAAACAAGCAGACCACCUCCAUGGAUGUCAGGUUGCAAAGUAUCCUGAACAUUGGCAGCUUUCCAAGGACGACUGAGUCUACUCAGCCUAUCCCAGGCUCUCUCAGCCAGCUGGUCAAUGGAUAUCCAUUUGACAGAAGGGAACUGACCCAAGAAGAGAAGGGCAUGAACCUGCCUACUGAUCAAGAAAUGCAGGACGUCAUAGACUUUCUCUCAGGGUUCAACAUGGGCAAGUCUCAACAGGCAUCACCACUUGUGAAGAGAAGAAAUUCUAUUGCGUCCUCCACGGGAGCUGAGCAGAAGCCCCCAACAGGUGUGCAGCCUUCUCAACCGCUUUCUCACACCUCUUUACAAGCUUCUCAGCAAGCCCUGACUCAGCCACACCAGUCCCAGAAACAGCCUCAACAGCAAGCACUGCAGUACUAUCAAAAUCUCCUCCAGCCCAUUUGUCAGCAGCAGCCACCGGGGCAACAACAACAGCAAGCACCACAACAGCAGCAGCAGCAGCAGCAUAGAGUCCCAGCAAAGUGGCUUAGCACUUCCUCCCAGCAUCCCUCAAAACCCACUAUAGCUGGACUCUCUCCUAUUGGUCAGAUUGGACAGUGGGGAAACCCUGGACUUGGUGAUUUAAGUUCAGAUUUGUACAGUCUAGGGCUUGUAAGGACGUACAUGGAUAAUGUAGUGUCUGAAAUGCUAGGCCAAAAACCCCAAGGUCCGAGAAACAACACUUGGCCAAAUCGGGACCAAAAUGAAGGUGUCUUUGGAAUGCUAGGAGAAAUCCUUCCAUUCGACCCCGCAGUUGGCUCAGAUCCAGAGUUUGCCCGCUAUGUGGCUGGGGUCAGCCAGGCUAUGCAGCAGAAACGGCAAGCACAGCACGUUCAGCGCCCCAGCAAUGCUCGCGCUAAUUGGCCUAUUCCUGAUGAGGCUCACAGGACCUGGCCACUCCCUGAGUAUUACACUGAAGGGGAUGUAAUAAAUAGCAGCUGGUCUGGAACUCAGGGUGACUCUGCAAGUUCAAGUGAUGAAACAUCUUCCGCUAAUGGUGAUAGUCUCUUUUCCAUGUUCUCAGGACCUGACCUUGUGGCUGCUGUUAAACAAAGAAGAAAACACAGCAGCGGUGAGCAGGAAGCCUGCACUUUGCCAUCACCUCCCCUACAUGUAUCUGGAGAGGAUAUUAAUCAGGAAAAUAAAACUAAAACUUGGCCUCCAAAGGCUCCCUGGCAGCACUCCUCGCCCCUCACCAACACACUGCCCAGUCAGAGCUCUUCCUUGUACCAGAUGACCAACCCUGUCAGCCAAUGGAACGAUUCCAUGCAGAUGCUCCAGUCCCCGGUGUGGUCCACAGCCAACGACUGUGCUGCCUCCACUGGGAUUUCUUCCAGCUUUUCUUACAGCCAACAGCAGCAGCCUCCAUCAUCCAGCCAGCAGCCAGCUUCACAGCACAAGCAGAUGACUAAGGGCUUCAAAUCGUUCCCACUGAAACACGAGCGUAGGCCUUCUUACCUGCACCAGUACUGAUUGGGGCGGAUUGUCUGAGGUUUGAUUUAGGUGUUCAUCUGCAACUUAAGCUGUAUUUUUUUUGCUUCUUUAUAGUGGAGUGAAUUGAAACGAACUAUUAAUCCUGUGUGGGAAGCAAUUAGCAAGCAAUCCGUAACUAGUCUAGUGAGUUCUGUCUUUCAGCACUGUUCAAGCAAAACACGGCCAUUUUAUUAGGCGUUACUCCAUUUGAGCAGCUACGCAGAAAACGAUGCAAAGAAUUGCUGCAUGAGGACUUUUUUUUCCUAAUCAUUUUGUAAACCAGUGCUCACCAUAUGCAGUGCAGCUUCAUUCUCAUACAACUAAUAUAAUGGCCAAAUAUUUUCCAAAAGUGUGUGCUUCUAUUUAUGUAUGUAUGUAUGUAUGUGUGUGUGUCUAUAUGUACAUGCAUACGUGCACUAAGUGUGGGUGAGUGCGUGUGUACCUUUUUGCUAAAAAUGGCAUGAAAAAGUGCAAGUCUUGGGUGUAACCCUCAAAUGAAAUGUUCGCCCAUACCACAGUUGUCAAAGAUUGGGAAACGGAACAUCUGCUUUCGUUGCCCGUCCUUCGACUUAGGACUGUGUUAACUGCAGCAGAGCCAAUGAGCUAAAACUGCCAAAUUACAUUUUGAAGAAACAUACAGAAAAGUCGAGGCACUAGCAGCAGUCGCGCGCUGCAACUCUGUAGUUGUAGAUUACACAAAAUGGGGGGAAAAAUACAAUUAUAAAUAAAUUCACUUUUAUUACGAAGCUUUGAGCAGGCUCAGCAAAAAUAUAAUUUUAACAGAAAUUGUCAUGGAAAAGAAGAAGACACUACUUUUUUAUUUUAUUUUAUAUAACUGACAUAAUAGCAGUAAUUAUGUGCCAUGUUGUUUAUCCCUUCUGUGAAAUAGAGUAUUUUUUCCAAGCAGCAUUCAAAUAAAAUGGAGUGGUGCUUUGAAGUACAGUGAAAAGAAUCCCACCAUGUACAGCUGUCCUCCUCCCUGUCUGUAUAAUAAAACGUAUAGCGAAGAAAGAGUCUUUAUAAGGUUAUUUAAUUUUUUUCAUAUUCACAAUUGGCUGGAUUGUUCUGAAUGAGAACUGAACUCUGAGUGAAUCUUAACAAUGUUUUCCUUUAAAUACAAUAUUUUCUUGUAUAGCAUUGACAGUAUUAAUCUUAUUUUUCUAUUUUCUUAAAGCAUUAUACCAUUACUGUAUAUGUGUAAUGUUAAUAAACACAAAAGCAUAUUACACAACAGAUUUCUAAUUUCAAGAAAGUUAAAGAUGAAGCACAUUUAAGGUCAUUUUUUUCUACCUUCAUUAUAUCUAUGGGUAACCAAAUAUGCUGUUACAGAACACUAAAAUCAGAAGAUAUGGGUGUGUUUAUUUGUUUGUUGUUUUUUCCUUUUUUUAUUUUUUUUGUGGUAAACCCCCAUGUCUCUCCAGUUUGUAUGGUGAUGGGCUCUGUUUGGAAGCCCAGAAUGUUAACUUUUUGUGAUGUUUGCAGAUGCCAAUGUUGCCUGUAUUUAUGAUAUGACACCAUGUUUCCUGAAAACUAACAUACUUACAUGUUUACAAGAACCAUUUGCUGUAUAUAGACCUUUUUCUAGUUUUGUGCUUUGCACAACAAGACAAGUAUGUGUUGCUUUUCGUUUACGUGAACUUGACUCUUCUGCAGCUCUUUGAUAUGAAGACCUUGAACUGUAACUGUUAGUACUCGUCAGCCAUGCCAAAUGGUUCGUCCGCACCCUCCACUAGUUGGCGCCAUUCUGAGAGACCACAGCGCCCCGAGCUCUCCGCUCAUAGCAGUUUUAUUAUUCAUGGGGAUGCCGCCCAGUUUGGAGAGUAAUCCAAGGGAUUUGGGUUGGUCCAGGGGGUUUGGUUAACUUUAGCUUUCUGGUACAUCCGUCAGUGCAGGUCCCACACUAGACUCACUACUGCAGGAGGGAAGCGGAUGAUGUGCCCUUUGCCAUGUCUGCUAUUCAGUAGGUGCUGUCCAUGUAUGAUCUCUCUAAUGCUGGUACCUGUAUGUUUUUCUGAGAUUCUUUGACUUCUCUUGCACUUGGUCCUGCAAGUCUUGCCAUGGAAGGUUUCUUUCUCACAAUGCCCAAGUGCUCCGGCUAACCUUCCCUGGAUGCAUUUUGCUUAAUGUGAGUAGUACAAUGUUUUUGAAACUGGAAUUGUACAUUUUGUAUUUACCUUUUAAAAGCUUCUGUAAGUAAAAUUAAUAUUUGCUUUAUUAAAGAUGUACAUUUAACAAAAAA